GUUUUUGUAACGUUAUCUACAACAUUUUUGUUGGUACAUAUAAUAUAAGCUCUCACCCACAUUUCAUUUUUAAGCUAAUGAAGAAAGAUGUUGAAAAUCACAGGCAAACUGGUUUCAAUGGAGGGAGCUUUGGAGAAGCAGCUGUUCAUCAAUGGAGUUCAGAACCUCAGUUCAUCACACGCAGGUAAAGAAGCAAGACAACAUAUUCGAAGUCCAUCAAUUCACACAAGACCGGCGGAUGUAACAGCAUACUGGAAUUCUUCAGUCCAUCCCAAACUGCCUAAAAUGUCAAGCAACAACAGACAUGCAUUAAAGGUUUAUGCAAUUAGAAGAAGUAGGAAAUAUCAGAAGAGUGAAACUUAUGUUCUAAUGGAACCAGGACAGGAAGAGAGAUUUGUUUCUGAGGAAGAGUUAAAGGCGAAGUUGAAAGAUAGGCUGGAAAACUGGCCAGGCGAGGCCCUCCCUCCAGAUCUUGCCAGAUUCGAAAACAUUGACGAUGCUGUUUUGUUCCUAGUAAAGUCUGUUUGUGAACUUGAAAUCGAUGGAAAUGUUGGUUCAAUCCAAUGGUAUGAAGUUCGUUUGGAUUGAGAAAAUGUUAAAUUUGCCUGUUCUAAAGAUGAUGGAACCAUGCUACAUAUAAUUUUGCUACAACUAAGAAAUAGUUAUAAUAUAAGAGCAGCCAUAAAAUUCAUUUUAUGUAA